AUGACUGAAGAAGCAUGCCGGACACGGAGUCAGAAGCGAGCGCUUGAACGGGACCCAGUGGAGGAUGAUGUGGAGAGCAAGAAGAUAAAAAUGGAGAGAGGAGUGUUGGCCUCAGAUUUAAAUGCUGACGGAGACACACGAGUGACGCCUGAGUCGGGAGCAGGCCCAGCCCAAGGGCUGCUGAGGGGCACAGAGGCGACGGCCGUGGGCAGAGGCGAAGGGCAGGUGGGCGACGGGCCUGUGGACAUGCGAACCACGCACAGUGACAUGAAGUCUGAGAGGAGACCCCCUUCACCCGAUGUGAUUGUGCUCUCUGACAACGAGCAGCCUGCGAGCCCGAGGGUGAAUGGACUGGCCGAGGAGCCCCCAAAGGAGACCAGCACCGAGGCCCUCAUGAAAAGCAGUCCUGAAGAACGAGAAAGGAUGAUUAAGCAACUAAAAGAAGAGUUAAGGUUAGAAGAAGCAAAACUGGUUUUGUUGAAGAAGUUGCGGCAGAGUCAAAUACAAAAAGAAACUCCCACCCAGAAGCCCGCAGGCUCCACUGGGAGCUCCGUGACCACCCCUCCCCCGCUUGUACGGGGCACCCAGAACAUUCCUUCCGGCAAGCCAUCACUUCAGACCUCUUCAACUCGGAUGCCUGGCAGUGUCAUCCCACCACCCCUGGUCCGUGGCGGGCAGCAGACGUCCUCAAAGUUAGGGCCUCAGGCGAGCUCCCAGGUCGUCAUGCCCCCACUCGUCAGAGGGGCCCAGCAAAUCCACAACAUCAGACAACAUUCCAGCGCAGGGCCGCCGCCACUCCUCCUGGCUCCCCGGGCGUCUGUGCCCAGUGUGCAGAUUCAGGGACAGAGGAUCAUUCAGCAGGGCCUCAUCCGUGUCGCCAACGUCCCCAACACUAGUCUGCUCGUCAACAUCCCACAGCCCUCCCCAGCAUCGCUGAAAGGAACAACAGCCACUUCUGCUCAGGCCAACUCCACCCCCACCAGUGUGGCCUCCGUGGUCACCGCUGCGGAUUCUCCAGCCAGUCGGCAGGCAGCCGCCAAGCUUGCACUGCGCAAACAGCUGGAGAAGACACUGCUUGAAAUCCCCCCACCCAAGCCCCCUGCCCCUGAGAUGAACUUCCUGCCCAGCGCUGCCAACAACGAAUUCAUCUACCUGGUCGGCCUGGAGGAGGUGGUGCAAAACCUGCUGGAGACACAAGCAGGCAGGAUGUCGGCCGCCGUCGUGCUCUCCCGGGAGCCCUACAUGUGUGCACAGUGCAAGACAGACUUCACGUGCCGCUGGCGGGAGGAGAAGGGCGGCGCCAUCAUGUGCGAGAACUGCAUGGCGUCCAACCAGAAGAAGGCGCUCAAGGUGGAGCACACAAGCCGCCUGAAGGCCGCCUUUGUGAAGGCGCUGCAGCAGGAGCAGGAGAUCGAGCAGCGGCUCCUGCAGCAGGGUGCCGCCCCCGUGCAGGCCAAGGCUGAGCCCACCAGCGCCCCACACCCCGUGCUGAAGCAGGUCAUAAAACCCCGGCGUAAGUUGGCGUUCCGCUCAGGAGAGGCCCGCGACUGGAGUAACGGGGCUGUGCUACAGGCCUCCAGCCAGCUGUCCCGGGGCUCAGCCACGACGCCCCGAGGCAUCCUGCACACAUUCAGCCAGUCGCCCAAACUGCAGAACGCAGCCUCAGCCCCCACCCUCGUCAGCAGGACAGGCAGACAUUCCGAGAGGGCUGUGAGCGCUGGCAAGGGAAGCACCACCUCCAACUGGAAGAAGGCGCCCCUGAGUACAGGCGGGGCCCUCGCAUUUGUCAGCCCGAGCUUGGCGGUGCACAAGACCUCCUCAGCCGUGGACCGCCAGCGGGAGUACCUCCUGGACAUGAUCCCGCCCCGCUCCAUCCCCCAGUCAGCCACGUGGAAAUAG